AUGAAUAGUUUUUUGUUUUUCCUUGUCAAUCUUGUUAUUAUUAUACAAUUCACUUUAGGAUUAGAAAAUGGAGUUGGAAGAACCCCUGCUAUGGGUUGGAAUUCAUGGAAUAAAUUUGGAUGUAAUAUCAAUGAAACAUUAAUUCGUGAUAUUACUGAUGCAUUAAUUGAAACAGGGUUGAGUGAUGUUGGGUAUCAAUAUGUGAAUUUGGAUGAUUGUUGGCAAAAAACAAGAACUUGGAGUGGGAUAAUUACUCCAGAUUCAGAGAAAUUUCCAUCUGGAUUGGAAAGUUUAUCAGAUUAUAUUCAUAGUAAAGGAUUAUUAUUUGGUUUAUAUUCAAGUGCUGGGUUUUGGACAUGUGCAAAACGUCCAGGAUCAUUAUUACACGAAGAUAUUGAUGCAGAGUUAUAUGCAAAAUGGAAAGUUGAUUAUCUUAAAUAUGAUAAUUGGAUGCAUGAUGCAUUGAAUAUAACUGGUAGACCUAUUUUAUAUUCAAUAUGUAGUUGGGGUAAAGAAGAUCCUUGGAUUUGGGGAUCGGACAUAGGAAAUUCAUGGAGAACAACAUCUGACAUUAGUGAUUAUUUUACUACUAAUCAAACAAAUGAUCCCCAGAAUUGUAAUCCAUGUGGAGUGUUAGAAAUAUUAGAUUCUACAGUUGGCCUAGAGAAAUAUUCUUCACCAGGAGGAUUUAAUGAUUUAGAUAUGCUGGAAGUUGGAAAUGGGGGAAUGACUUUUGAAGAAUAUAAAACACUUUGGGCAGCAUUAAAAUCACCAUUAUUAAUUGGAUGUGAUGUUCGUAAUAUGACAGAUGAAACAAUUCAAAUUUUAAACAAUACAGAAAUCAUUGGUAUUAAUCAAGACCCACUUGGUAAAUCUGCAAAAUUAGCAUAUCGUGAAAAACACAAAGAUCAAGAAAAAGUUUCUACAAUAUCAUAUGAUAUAUGGAUUGGUGAACUUUCUAUUUUGCUUAAUCGUAAUGAUGAGGAUUAUUCAAUCAAAUUUCCAUUUGAAUUACUUGGACCAUUCUUUUCUUCAAGUUUCAAUUCUGAUACAACAUCUCUUUUAUUAAGAGAUUUAUGGCAACAUAAAGAUCUUGGUUCUUUUACUAAAGAAUACAUAUCUGAUAAAAUUCCUGCUCAUGGAGUUGUAGUAUUGAAAAUAACCUAUAGUCAUCCUAAAUUUAAUUUUAUUGCACAAUUAUCUUAA